AUGGAUGACGAUAUGAUUUUUGAUCCUUCAUUAAAGAAAAAGAAGAAAAAGAAGACUGGUUUUGAUAUAGACGCUGCGUUAGCAAGUGAACAAGGCGAAAGUAUGUCCGUGGAAGCGCCUGUCGAGUCCGGUGACGUCGACGUGCCCGAGGAUGAGAAUCUUGAUUUAGAUAAUUUUGGCAAGAAAAAGAAGAAGAAAAAGAAGACAUUCUUUAAUCUAGAAGAAUUGGAGAGUGCCUUGCCGGAAACGAAAGAAGAAAAACCUCCUGCAGAGGAGCCAGAACCUCAAGAAGAGAACCUAGUGGAUGAUCUGGAUUUGGAAAUAGAUUUCUCAAAAACAAAGAAGAAAAGAAGGAAGAAAAAUUUAGAUGAAAUCGUUGCUGAAGAAGAAAGUAAUGAAAACCAAGAAAAUGCUGAAGACCUCCACGGCGAUUGGGCUGUGACUGGCAAGAGAGCUGCCAUUCGUGCAAAGAUUGCA